AAAAUACACACAAAUUAACUUGUGGAUUACUUUCAGAUAACGGUUACAGUGUUCAGGUUCCUGGCCACAGAGCACAGCUUCAGUGCUUUAGGAAGUUAGUGGAGAGGGAUGAAUCCUGGGUCCUCUAUCCAAGAUGGGCUCUGAUCAUACUAAUCCGAGAUGUUUAGAAGGGCUAGGACUCCACCGAUCUGAUUGGUCAUUGAGGCCGACUGCCACUGGCCGACAUAAAUGAACACUGAUGGCUCCUCAGAAUGACGACGGCACGGGACACCUACUGAGCUAUACUGACGAGACAACUCGGACACUCAGAGAGGACGACAGGCUCACAUACUCAUUGGCCUAUUGACAAAAAGGAUUUUUCACCCAAGGACUAAACUACAGACAAACUGAUACAAAUGGCCGUCCAAAUACUGUCCAUAGGUUUCGUCCUGCUACUACUGUGCUAUCCCAUCAAUGGUUUACCAAGCCGGCCCAACUCCAACAUUGAGUUCAACAGCGACGUAGAGCAGUCACACCUCUUGCUGAGAGAGAGAAGCUCUCACACUGCGUUUGACUCCAGACACAAUGGUCACGCAGAGAAUGGCCUGCUUGAGGAAGAUUCUGAAUUCAUGUUGGUCACCCCAACAAGCAAGUCCGGCCCCAGAAUUGAAUUGCGUGCCCUUGCCUCAAAGGAGGAAGGCCUAUCUGCCAAGAAGAAGUCUUCAGACAGCCUGUCACGAUUUCUGCGGGAAACUGUAGAGGAGGGUUCAGGCCAAUCAGAAGACACAACUCCGGCAACAACAGCAGCAGCAGCAGCAACAACAGCAUCUCCAAUAACCACUCCACGUUACAUAGUUGCAAUGACCUUUGCGAUGACCAAAACCUACAUUGCUGAUUACAACGACCCUCAAACUCAAGCUUACCAGACGCUGGUUGCUUCCAUUGUUACCUGGUCGGAACCCAUCUACAAAGCGAAGUAUGGGUCAAGGUUCUUCCGAGUUGCUGUCAAGUCGCUGAGGGCCGUGACCCGCUAUCGCGCAGACAACACAGAGGCAGAGAUAGAUGUGGAGUUUGAUCAGUCUGUGCCAGAAAUUGUCCCUGAGACAACGGAGGUGCUCCAGCAACUGCAAGAAGCGGCCAGCCCCGCCGACCUGUCUGUGGAUACAAGCACCAUCUCCGUUCUCCAUGAGCCAAAGGUGAUGGCCAAUGUUCAGUUCACUACCACCAAUGGGACUUCUUCUACCGUUACGCUGGCCGCUGUCAACUCAACUGCCUUCCGUGACACAACAUCCAGAAUUAAAUCCGAGCUGGAGCCCUUCUUUCUGGAAGAUUACUCUACAAACUUUGUCUCUUUGAACCCCACAACAUAUGCUGAUGGGACAGUUUACGCGAACUCCUAUGUGACCCAGUCAAACCUGUACUUCACAUACAAUGCCACAUUACCAAGUGCAACCGCCAUAUACAACACCAUGGUGCGAGCAGCAGCAAGUGGCAAACUGACUAUUAACAUUGUCUCUGUGAAUGGCACAGCCAUCAGCUCAGGAGACACCACCACAGCGAUAUCACCUACAGCCACCAGCUCAGGAGACGUCACCAGCAGGAUCAGUCUUGGAACCACCUUCUGUCUCACCCUCCUGGCCGUCAUUGCCACGCAGUCCUGGUAGACGCCCAGUCCACCCCCCCCCCCACCCCCCCCAUCAACUCCACAUGAAGGAAAAGGUCCUACAAUGAAUGGACUUUGUUUUUAUUGAAAUAACCAAUGGUAGGACUGUAUGGUUAUAUAGUGUGAACAAUGCAAUGUUAUCUAUUUAUAACGCUAUUUUUCUAUUUAUUUAUUGGAUAUAGCAUAUCAAUUGUGAGGAGUAUGUAUAUAUGUAUAUAUGUUGGAAGAAGAGAGAAUGUGUAUGGUGUCUGUAUGUGUGUGUGUAUGUGUGUGUGUGUGUGUCUUUGUAUUUAUUUAAGUUUAUCUGUUGCACUUUAACCAGUUUCCAUAUGUUGUAUAGAAGUUUAUUAUGGUCAUGUGAUCAAUAGAAAAUGCCUGGUGCACUUUCAGGUCUCUGACAGAAAUAUGUGUAUCACAAAAUAAAAAUAUGAAUGCAAGAGCAAAAUGA